CUAGGAACUGGAAAAAAGGAACCAACAAUGGAGAAGAUGGCUGCUCCAAUUCAAUCUACUAUCGUCGAUGGUGUGCUAAAGAUUGCACUAGAAAUCGUGGAACCUUCCCUAAAAGAAUGUUCAAGUGCCGAGCGUAGGGAAAUAGAAGAGUUAAUGAGGAACUGCGCUUUAAAGGAAGCUAGCUUGACGAGCCGUCUUGCUGAUAUCUCCAAACUUUCAGAUGCAGAAUUGCGAGGAAAUGUCCGAAAGCUUCUCUCAGAGGAUGAUUACAGGAAAAUAUCUGAAUACGUCGAUCAAGAAACAUUUACGAUGGAUAUUACGAGCACUGCAGCAACUUUUCAGCGUGGAAACCGAAAGUUCCUUGAGCCCAUACAGCUUAGCUCGAUAGAAGCCAUCACAGCUGCGACUAUUUACCAAAUAGCUAGCAUUUUCAUUGAAAGUGUAUUUUUGGUUCUCGGUGCCAUUGGAAUUAAAGUAAGCUACGAUGAGGCCCUGAUGCGCAAAAUAAUCGAAGAAAUCCUACCAGUGGUGCAACAGCCGGCUUUCAGAAGAAUCAUAGAUGAAUUUGUUGAGACCUGGGCAGCAGGAAAUGCAUGGGGAAAAGCAAAAGCCAUUUUCAAUUUACUGAAAGACACCUAUUCUUUUGGCAUAUUCUGGAAAGUUGUUAAAAUUGCUUUUUCGGAAAUGUCAUGGAUGGAACGAAUCAAAAAUAUCGCACUGGUUGCCACUAUGAUUGUUGCCGCACUUGCAACAGAUGGCAUUGCACUGAUUGCCAAAAUUGCUCUCUCUGUCAAUGAUGCCUACAACCUUGCCAAAAAGAUCAUUAACAUGAUACGAUUGAAAGCAUUGGCUUCAGAGUUUAACAAAUAGUAUGCUAGAACAUUGGCCUCCGAGAAAUUUUUUUUUUCAAUUACUCGAUUUGUUCAAUCCUUGUGUAAACAUCUUACUUUAUUACUGAAAAUUUAAUGCAUUUAUAUACUUCCUUUUUAUAUUACAUGUAACCAUAAUAAAGAGUAGUCACAAUU